GAGCUGCCCGGAGUUCCCUCGCGGCGGCAGCAGCAACGGUUGGGCAGGCCGUUUGUUUUUCAAAGGCUUGGUACCAUCUCUGAUUACAGCAGUCUUGUCCUUGAGAAAGAAAGUGUCAGUGGAAGGAGGAUUUCUUUCGUCUCUUCAGAGCACAGAUCUGAUAUGGACAAGAAAGACUCAGCAGGCCCUAAAGGAGGAAGAGGGCCGGCUCCUACCACCACAUCCGGGAGCAGGGAGGAAUUCUGCAAAAAAACAGAGCAGAGAAUCCUGGGCGAAGACAUGCUUUGCCCAGGUGUACAGAGCCAGGAUUUCCGGCAAUUCCGCUACCCAAAGGACAAGGGACCCCGAGAAGCGUGCAGCCGACUCCAUCAUCUUUGCUGUCAGUGGCUGAAACCAGAGAGGCACACGAAAACCGAGAUCCUGGACCUGGUGAUCCUGGAACAGUUCCUGGCCAUCCUGCCCUCGGAGAUAGGAAGCUGGGUGAGGGAAUGCGGGGCAGAGACCAGUUCCCAGGCAGUGGCCCUGGCAGAAGGUUUCCUCCUGAGCCAGGCAGAAAACAAGAUGCAGGAAGAACAGCAGGUGCAGGGCCUGUUUGCAGAAUUGGGCACUCACUUCCCUGAGGCAGAGGAGGCUCCAUCAGGCAGCAGACAGAGUCUAAUGCGAUGGACAAUUGUGCAGGGGCUGGACAGAGGAGCCGCCAUGCCGGACAUGCAUCAUGCACCCGGUUUCUCACCAUUUUUGACUGCCAUGGGAGAAAGGAUCAUGCUACCAGGACGUAUUCAGUCUUCUCUUCUUCAUGGUGGAGGGGAAACAUCUGCCCUGCGCCCGGAUCAGGGCCCGGUGGCCUUCGAGGAGGUGGCUGUGUAUUUCACGGAGGAGGAGUUUGCUCUUCUGGAGCCUGACCAGAGAGCUCUGCAUAGGGAAGUCAUGGAGGAGAAUUCGGGAAUGGUGACGUUUCUUGGAAGUGCUGAAUGGGAAGCCAAGACUGAGGAAGACCCAUGUGAGGAGUCACCAGAAAGAGAAGGGUGUACACAGAGGUACCAGGAGAAAAUAAAAACUGGAGCAAAGCAGCAGAUAAGAAACAAAUCCUACACUUUCCUGGCCAGUGACUACAAUGAAACCACAUUCCAAGAAAAAGUAGAUGAAAGAAAGAAAACAAAUGAAUGCUCUGUGUUUGCGACAAGCUUUGAUUCUCAAUUAAUCCUUAAAGACUGUGGAAAGAGUUUCAGCAUUAUAACAAACCUCACUUCUCAAAGAGUUCAUGCAAUGGAGAAAUCAUAUGAAUGCGCAGAGUGUGGAAAGAGAUUCAGUAUGAACACAAGCCUCACUCGUCAUCAAAGAAUUCACACCGGAGAAAAACCAUUUACAUGUGCAUUAUGUGGGAAAAGCUUCACUCAGAGCACAAGCCUCACUUCUCAUCAAAGAACUCACACAGGCGAGAAACCAUUUAAAUGUGCAGUGUGUGGGAAAAGCUACAAAAAUAGCACAAGCCUCAUUUGUCAUCAAAGAAACCACACAGGAGAGAAACCAUAUAAAUGUGCUGAGUGUGGAAAGAGCUUCAGUGUGAGCACAAGCCUUACUUGUCAUCAGAGAAUUCAUACAGGGGACAAACCAUAUAAAUGUGAAGUAUGUGGAAAGAGUUUCAGGUUUAGCACAAGUGUUAGCAGACAUCAAAGAACUCACACAAAUGAUAAACCAUAUGAAUGUUCUGAGUGUGGAAAGAGCUUCAAUCAGAGCUCAAACCUAACAUCACACCAAAGAAUUCACAGGGUGAAGCCACAUAAAUUUUUGGAGUGUGGAAAGAGCUUUGUUGUGAGCACAAGCCUUGCUUCUCAUCAAAGAAUUCAUACAGGGGACAAGCCAUAUGAAUGGGUAGACUGUGGGAAACUCUUUAGUCAAAACACACACCUCACUUCUCAUCAAAGAACUCAUACGGGCCAAACCAUAUGAAUGGGCAGAGGGUGGAAAGAGCUUCCCUCUGAACAGAAACCUCAGUAGAAUUAAAAAAACUCGGGGGAUUCCAUAAAAAUGCUUGGAGUGUGAAAGGCUUCUGUUUCAGCACACGUCUCUGUUAAAAUCAAAGCAGAAAGUAACAGAAAUGCUUGGAGUAUUGAAGUUUCCAUAUGAGUAUAAUCCUGAUUUCUCAUCAACUAAUUCAUAUUGGAUAAAGCAUAGUAUAGCCUGGAAUGUGGAAGAAGCUUCAGUCAGAAGAUCAGUCUCACUUUCCACGUAAUAAAGAGUCAGCAAGUUCUACAAACAUGAAGGGAGAUUCCAUAGAAGUGCUUGGAGGUUCUGUCUUAUCCAACUCAUCUUUCACCUCAGAGAACCCACUUGGGAGAAUGAAUUUGAAGGACUGAACACCCAUGCAAGACUUCCCAGCUCCUAAGUUUAAAAUCCUGCUCGUGGGCCUGCCAGCAAUAUCCACCAUGUUGUAGGGAACAGAACAGGGCCUUCUUGGCCCCAACACUGUUGCACUGCCUCCCAUGAUGACUUAGCUUAGCCCCUUCAUGACGUUUGUUAAAAAGGUUUUAAAAACCUGAUUGUUCGUUUUUGCUUUUUCCUGUUUAAUUUGAAAGUUAGCACAGCUAUUUAAAAACAUUUUUUUAUAUAAAAAGGUAAAUAUGAUUUGAACAAAGCAAGCAAUUUGAAGACAAAAAGAAACCUUAAUUAAAUCAUCGACAAAACCCACUUAUGGUGUAAUUCCAUGAUAAUUCCAAAAGUUUAGGAAAAGUGACCAUUUAUCAGUAAAUAUUUUUGUGGACCUUGCUGAUUCCUGAGGAAAUAUGAAAUUGAUAACGCUGCUUCCCAGCUUUUCCCUAACAAAGGAAGACACCUGUGGAGUUUCAGGAAACUUCCAAUAAUAGGCAAUACAAAUUUUUGCUACAUUUAAAUAGAUUUGCUAUUCAUUUCAUUUCCUCCUGCUCAGCUUGUUUCUUUGAAUAUUCCAAGAGAAUUAUUUUGUGGUCUGGAGUAAGUUGUUGUGCUGAUAUAUCCAGUGCUUCUUUCUAAAAUUGUUUAAUAUUCCGGCAAUCCUUAAAAUAUGUGUAAAUAGUCUGCCUGUGAGGGCUUGACAUGUCCAGCAGUGUUUUAGCUGAUUAGACCACAUUGUUUUAAACCUAUGUGGUACUACAUGGUCCUAUUGGCAAUUUUUUAAAUAAAAAAUUCUCCUAGAUUUGCAGUAAUUAAAUUAUUCACAAUAUUAAUAAAAAUCCAAUAAACAAAAUGGGUUGCUUUCAAAUUGUGACUGCUUUUUACUAUUUUAUUGCUGAUUUUAGAUGUACUGUUGAAUUGUGAUUCUUGUUACUGGUUUUGUAUUUCUGUGUAAUGCUUUAUUUUAGUGAGUAAGGGAACAAUGCAAUGGAUUUUUAACCAGAAACAAGUCCUAGUGCAUUCUAGGUCCAAGAAGAAGCCCAGCAUUUCCCAGCCGGAAAAAAGUCCUACAAAUCGUGGCAUUUUCCGUCCAACAUGCCUAGUUGGGGAAUGCUGAGAAUUGCUGGACUUUUUUCUGGCUAAAUGCAUAUUUGUACCUGUAACCACUUUGAGAAGGUUGUAUAGCAGUUAAAAGUGGUCUAGAAAAUGCUUUAAAUAAAUGCUAGGGAAUAUUAA